AUAGCAAGCAUCUCGACGUUGACUAAUACGAAGCAAAGUAGAAAGGUUCCGGAUACCAUAAGUCGUCCUUGCUGCCGAGGUCAUCAUGGACACACUAUCCGAAAAGCAGCACUUUGCGGAACUCGGCGACAGUCUCCACGACGCCUCCAACAACCUGCCCUCACCACGCACGCCCGGCAACGAUGCCAAGACGUCGUCUUCCUCCUCCUUCUACCACCACUUGUACACGCUAUACCUCUUCACGAGGAGCGACUUCAAGACCGUCAUCGUCCCACAGAGCAUCUUUGCCCUUGCCGCAGCGUCGAGAUACAUAUCCACAAUACAGCAGCAGCAACAACAACAACAACAAAUACCGCCAUCAUCGCCGUUCAGCACCAGCGAAUACCUCAUCCGCAUCCCCUACAUGCUCACCUGGCUCUGGCUGCACCUCGUCGUGGAGAACGUGGCCAACCAGCGCCUCGAGUCCUCCGUGCUCGAGGACGCGGUCAACAAGCCCUGGCGGCCCAUCCCCGCGGGCCUCAUUACCCCGAGACAGUCCCAGGCCGUCCUCCGCUGGGCCGUGCCGCUGUGUCUGGCCUUGAGCAGCCUGGCCGGCAGCUCGCUGCUGCUGCCGAGCACCGCGCUCAUGUGCUUCGUCUGGCUGUACAACGACCUCGACGGCAGCGGGGCGGGGCCGAUCCAGCGCAGUGCCAUCAACGCCGCUGGCCUCGCCUGCUUCGGCUGGGGUGCGCUCGUGGCCCUCGUCUCCGGUCCAGCCACGGUCGUCGACCAUGGUGGCGCGGCGGCGGCGGCCCUGGUUCUGCCUAGGAUGGUGCAGAUCUGGAUUGGCAUGAUCGCCGCCAUCGUCUUCAGCACGGUGCACGCCGCCGACUUCCCGGACGUCGAGGGCGACCGGGAGCGCGGGAGACAGACCAUGCCGCUCGUCUACGGCGAGGACGUCAGCCGCUGGGUCCUGGCCGUCGCCGUGCUCGCCUGGUCCGUAGCGAGCCUGGCCUUCUGGCACGUCGAGGUCGGUGUCGUUUGGGUCGCGCCGCUGCUGGUCGGCAGUUUUCUGGCUGGCUUGACGGUCCUGCGGAGGGACCACGGCUCGGAUGAGCUUGCGUGGAAGCUGUGGUGCUUGUGGAUCGUGGUCUUGUUCCUCCUGCCGCUGGCCGGUUCUGUUUGAUCGACCGCACAUCUACAAUAUUCCCCGUGAUUUUGCAUCUGCAUGGGAUUUUCCAUGUCUUGUCUUUCUGUUUGUGAAAUCUUUUUUAGCAAGCCAGCUUACAUGUUUCUGCUUUGCCGCCAUAUGCCUUGAAACUUAGAAAGCCAGGCCUGUUCGGACAGCAUAGACCACAUAGAGAACGGUCACACCUGAU